AUGUGUACAAGCCCAUGUUGUUGUCAAUUAGCAGCUGAAUCUUUCAAACAGCCCUAUAUCGAACCUAUUUUUCAGGCUUAUGUGAAAAUACCAACUUCAAAGAUAAUUCAUUGUCUAUCGAAUAAAUGUGAUAAUUGUUUAAGUGAAUAUUUUGAUAAAGCCCUUCAACUAAGUUAUAUUCAACGGUUUCAGAAUCAAAAAGAAACAUUAGAAAUGGGUCGGCCAAAUGCAGUAGUAACAUCUCCAAACAUAACUAUAAAUGAUAAUCAAAUGAUGCAUAUGCAAGAAAAAGCAAUAAAACAAUUACAUGAUGAGAAAAAAGAAAUUCGAAAACGAUAUGCGCUUAUGCAAAUGAAUGAUAGUGUUUUUAUUCUCGGUGGUUAUAUUGUUGAUAGUAAAACAGGAGAAAAAAGAGUGCCAAAUAAUGAUUAUCUGUAA